AUGCCGUCCGAAGACCCCAAUGAAGCCAUAAGGCCAGACUUUGCUUUGGAUGAAUAUCAAGAAGCGCGUCAGCAAUUAGUCGAAGACGGCAUUACUGCGGAGCAAGCCGCUUGUUUGCUAGCAGCGCUAUGGACCAUCAACAACAAUGCUGAUAAGGAAUGUUGGGCACUCAAGCAACGUCAAGCGAGGCUCACCCGUCAGAGGGAAGAAGACGAAGAAGAAGAGCGCCUGCAACAGCUCAGAGAGGAGCAGGAAGCAGCUCGCCUAGAAGAAAGGAAGAAAAAUAAAAACAAGUACGCACCGCUCGUGCGUGGUAAGGUCCCAUCCGAUCCAACCAUACUUCCUGCCCAAUACGCGACACGCAAGCUGAAAGCUGGCGAUUACUGCGAGCUUCAUUACUUCACCAACAGAGGCCUGGACGAGGCCAAAGCAUCCAACCUGAUAGCGGAGCCGGAUGCGUUAGUCAUGAUUCCAUCCACGGACGGCCUACAUUCGUGGGUACCAGCCGCAGCAGUGAAAGAUCCCAAAGCUGCUCCGGUAGUCAAGGAUGAGAAUCUUACUUGGGAGGAAUUCAACGAAGCUGCCCCCCACAUGAUCUCCAUGAUG